AUGCCUCGAAUAUACCUUUUCACGAAACUAGCCAUCUUCGGGUUUCUAGCAGCGGCUCUGUUUCUUGCCUUACAUCACGUCAACAAGCUCCAUGAGGAGUCUAGUCGCCGUGAAGAGGAGAAGGUCGAGACUUACAAUCUUCAAAGCACCUCGGCGGAACAUCGAUGCUUGUACAACUCGGGCCCUGCAUCUACCCCGAUACCAAAAAUCGUCCACCUCAUAUGGCUUGAAAAUGCCGAGAUCAAUUUCAUGGCCUACCUGACUAUUCGAUCUGCGUUAGUUUCCAUUCAGCCCGAUAUCAUCAACCUUCACUAUACUGUUCUCAAUCAUAAGAAUGAGUGGCUCAAAAAACUGCGUGACAAUAUAACCCUAGUGCAACAUGAUUUGGCGCAAGAGUAUAGUCGGCAAAUGGAUGAAAAAUGGAAAAUUACCCAUAUUUCGGAUCUUCUCCGAUUAGACGUCAUCAAUAGGGAGGGAGGGAUUUAUGUCGACAUGGAUGUGAUCUUGCUUCGGCAUUUCGACAAUUUGUUACAGUCGCCGAAGGAUCUGAUUCUCGGAAAUGAAGGUGGCGAUCGGCACGGUCUGUGUAAUGCGAUCAUCCUAGGGCGUCCUGGAUCAUCUUUCGUACAGCGGUGGCGUGAGAGUUACCGCACAUUCUCUCGACACGAAUGGAACUAUCAUUCAGUGACCUUGCCUAAAGAGCUAUCUACUCAGUACACCGACGAGAUCUGUUCGCUGUCUCCUGCCGUUUUCUUUUGGCCAUCGUGGACCAAACGACAUAUUGAAUAUAUGCAUAAGCCGAUCUCGGACAACGAAACAAGGGAAUUCGAAACGACAAUUGCGGACAACCGAGGAGCGAUCUUCCCAACACAACUUGCAUAUCACGCUUGGAGUCAGGUUGCUGCAAAAUAUCUGAGAAAUCUGAGUAUUGAGAGGGUGAUGAGUGAAAACACUCGGUUUAAUAUUUUGGUUCGACGUUUCCUGGAGUAG